AUGGCAGAAGAUACCCCAAUGCCCGAUGCGGACGCGAUUAAGGAGAAUACUCUCAUGUACGGCCAUGAUGACGACCUCGAUGAUAAAUACCCGACCAGGCCAAUAAACCUACACAAAACAUUGCCGUUCCACACACUAUUCACUGACCUCUUCAAUCCGCUCAUGGAGACGCAGAAGAAGAAGCAGUCAGUGGGGGCUCGUCGGCGAGUUGGUCCACACGGACACGCCAACAUGUCACCCCAUGAAGCCAAGCGGAACAUCAUUGAAAGGUUCAUCGCAAAUUGGCGGAAACAGGUCGGCAACGACUUCUACCCGGCAAUGCGACUCAUCAUACCCGAGAAAGACCGUGAUCGCCCCAUGUACGGCCUGAAAGAGAAGGCAAUUGCAAAGGUGUUGAUCAAACUCACCAGAAUCGGCAAGGACUCGGAUGAUGCCAAACACAUGCUCAAUUGGAAACUGCCUGGACAACUCAACAAGGCCUCAGCUUCCACAGCAGGUGACUUUGCAGGGAGGUGCUAUGAGAUUCUGUCAACGCGACAACUCAAAACCGUGUACAGCGACAUGACAAUCGCGGAGGUCAACAAUGCACUGGAUAAGCUGUCGCAAGUUGGUGCCGAAGAUGAGCAGGUCAAGAUUUUCCAGAGAUUCUAUCGGAGGAUGAAUGCUGAAGAGAUGACUUGGCUGAUCCGCAUGAUUUUGCGUCAGAUGAAGAUUGGUGCGACGGAGAAGACGUUUCUCGACAUAUGGCAUCCAGAUGCAGAAACACUCUUCAACAUAUCAUCAAACCUCCGACGUGUGUGUUGGGAGCUCUUCGACACUAAGCUUCGAUUAGAAGGCGAAGACACUGGUCUCAGUCUGAUGCAGUGUUUUCAACCACAGUUGGCUCAGUUCCAAGACAAGGUUGGCUCUUUCGAAAAGCUUGUCACGAGAUUCAAGGGAGACGAGAAUGAUGAUACCUUCUGGAUUGAGGAGAAGCUCGACGGGGAGAGAAUGCAGCUACAUAUGAUGGAGGAUCCAGAUGCCCCAGGCGGGAAAUCGUUCGGCUUCUGGUCACGCAAGGCAAAGGACUACGCAUAUUUAUAUGGUCGACAUUUUGACGGCGACGAGGCUGGUGCACUGACACGCUUCAUCACCGAUGCGUUCGGGGAGAAUGUCAGGAACAUCAUCUUGGACGGCGAAAUGAUCACAUGGGAUAUGGAGACUGACCAUAUUGUUGGCUUUGGCACACUCAAAACGGCAGCCUUGUCUGAAAAGGAGAACAAAACGAACAAAAAUACUGGCCAACGGCCGCUGUUCCGAGUAUUUGACUGCGUAUAUCUCAACGACAAACUACUCACACAGUAUACAUUACGUGAUCGCCGGCGUGCUCUCGAAAGUGCUGUCAAAGGUGUGCCUCGAAGAUUGGAAGUUCAUCCAUACAUUGAAGCACGCUCGCAUACCGAGAUUGAGCCAGCAUUGCGCAAGGUCAUCGCGGAAUCCUCCGAAGGCCUUGUACUCAAGAACCCCCGUUCAAUGUACUGCCUCAGCCAGCGCAACAACGACUGGAUGAAGGUCAAGCCAGAAUAUAUGUCAGAGUUUGGUGAAUCGCUCGAUUGUGUAGUUGUCGGCGGAUACUUCGGAUCUGGUCAUCGCGGCGGUGUGCACUCAUCCUUCCUAUGCGCAUUACUAACAGACAAGGACGCAAAGCCGGGUGAUCCGAAAUACGAGCAUUGUUGGUCAUUUUUUAAAGUCGGGGGCGGAUUCAGUCGCGAGGACUAUGCUGCCAUACGAGGCCGAACAGAAGGAAAAUGGCACAAUUGGGAUCGUCGACGACCACCUCUCUUCAUCGAGCUGGGCGGCCAUGAACAAAAUCGUCAACACGAGCGGCCAGACCAAUGGAUUCGACCGAGCGAAUCAGUGGUCCUAGAAUGUAAAGCCGCCAGCGUAGAAAGCAGCGACAAGUUCCGCUCCACGCUAACCCUCCGCUUCCCACGUUUCAAGCUCCUCCGCGUAGACAAGCGCUGGGACCAAGCACUCUCAGUCCAAGAAUUCCUCGAUGUCAAAUCCCGAGCAGAGAAAGAGAAGUCGGAGAAAGAGAAAGAGUUCAAAAUUGAACAGUCCCGUCGCAAAAAAGCUCGCACAGCUAAGAAACCGCUUACCGUAGUUAGCGACGAUGCAAUUAAAACCCCUUACGCAGGCCCAGCAUCCAAAGUCUUCGAAGGCCUAGCCUUUUACAUAAUGACCGAGCAAGUCUACCCAACCAAGAAAUCAAAAGCAGACCUGGAAGCACUCGUUAAAGCAAAUGGGGGAAGACUUGUCCAGCGCGAUUCCACGGCCAAAGACCUUGUCAUCGUUGCAGACAAGCGACUCAUCAAAGUUGCUUCUCUUGAGAAGCGUGGCACGAAUAAUGUUGUCAAGCCAGCUUGGCUACAGGACUGCAUAAUGCAAAACGAACGAGAUGCUGGGGCACCUCCUUACCUCCUCCCUUUUGAACCUAACAGACACAUGUACUACCUGCAUGACGAUGACCAAAUGGACUACGAAGCCAAUCUUGAUGAUAACGGGGACUCGUAUGCACGCGAUAUCGCUGAUAUGGAGGAAAUGCGGAGCUUGCUGGAUGGGAUGGAAACCCCGAAGACUACAUUUAGUCGAGAUGGGUUUUUAGAGCAACUUGAGGGGCAUGGGGAGGACUUUUCGCAGUUCAAAACGUACAUGUUUCGGAACGUCAAGGUGAAGUUCUCUGCGGAAGUGGGGUUGGAGCUGAGAGCAAAACUAGCAAAGAACUAUGUGAGGUUUGGAGGCGGGCAGAUUGUAGGUGAUGGAGAUGAAGAGGAUGUAACGCAUGUUGUUGUAGCAGAUGGACAAACUUCGGCAGCAAAGGGGAAAGCGAAGGUCAGUGGCCUUGCCCGCGUAGUCGGAUUGGGAUGGAUCGAAAAGUGCUGGGAAGAAGGGACUCGUGUCGACGAGGAGAGAUUUCAAUGGGGUUGA